AGCUGGUAAGAUUAUUUGUAAGGAUAAUAACUUUAAUCACGCGCUACGUCGUCGUAUCGCAUUGCAGAGAACAAAGAGAGUGAAAAAACGCGUGUUAAGACAUAAGACAAAUAAACAAGCAAAAAAGGAAAAUUAAAUUACAACAAGACGCGCCGUGAUUGCAAGAGGCAGAGUGCAGCGAGUGAGCCAAGCGAGUUGAGUUUCAAUUCAGUUUCUCUCCGAUCCAAAUCCAUAAUUCAAUAUUUUCCCCAAAAUUUUCAAAACCCUAGCUUUCUCACUCGCGUUUUUUCUCCACUCGCGGAUCCACUUCACAUUUUUAUACUCGCAGCUCGUGAUCCGUUUCCGCUCUUUGAGUAAAUGGUUGCAGCCAGGCUACAAUUUAUAUUGUAGAAGAUACUCAGAAUGGAAUUAUGGUAGUUCUGUGAGUAGAAGUAUGAGUGACGCGGUCAAUGAAGAGGAUCGCAGGGGUGGUGCACCUGUUGCUUCUCCUAAGAGGGACGUAGCUUUCUUUGAAGGGGACAGAGACUUUGAGCCACCCAAUGGUAUUGAAUUUGAAUCUCAUGAAGCAGCAUAUUCAUUUUAUCAAGAAUAUGCCAAAUCUAUGGGAUUCACCACUUCAAUUAAAAACAGCAGACGCUCAAAGAAAACAAAAGAAUUUAUUGAUGCGAAAUUUGCGUGCUCUAGGUAUGGAGUUACACCUGAGUCUGAUAGUGGGAGCAGUCGGAGACCAAGUGUAAAGAAGACAGAUUGCAAAGCUUGCAUGCAUGUGAAGAAAAGGCCGGAUGGAAAGUGGACCAUUCAUGAAUUUAUAAAAGAUCACAAUCAUGAACUUUUACCAGCUUUGGCAUAUCAUUUUCGGAUUCAUAGAAAUGUUAAGUUAGCUGAAAAGAAUAAUAUUGAUAUCUUGCAUGCCGUUAGUGAACGCACCAAAAAGAUGUAUGUUGAAAUGUCUAGACAAUCUGGUGGCUGUCAAAACCCCGAGUCUCUCGUGGGUGAUACAAACUAUCAGUUUGACAGAGGCCAAUAUCUGUCUUUGGAUGAGGGAGAUGCCCAAGUUAUGCUGGAGUAUUUCAAGCAUAUUCAAAAGGAAAAUCCCAACUUCUUCUAUUCUAUAGAUUUAAAUGAAGAACAACGACUAAGAAAUCUAUUUUGGGUCGAUGCAAAAAGUAUCAAUGAUUAUCUCAGCUUUAAUGAUGUAGUUUCAUUUGAUACUACCUACGUAAAAAGCAAUGAUAAGUUGCCUUUUGCUCCUUUUAUUGGAGUGAACCAUCACUCUCAACCUAUAUUGCUUGGAUGUGCAUUGGUUGCAGAUGAGACUAAGCCAACUUUUGUUUGGUUACUGAAGACGUGGCUUAGAGCGAUGGGAGGGCAAGCUCCCAAAGUUAUAGUCACUGAUCAAGACAAAGCCUUGAAGGCGGCAAUUGAAGAAGUCUUCCCAAAUGUACGCCAUUGCUUUUCUCUUUGGCACAUAUUGGAAAAGAUACCUGAAAAUUUGUCUUUCGUGAUAAAACAGUAUAAGAACUUCUUGCCAAAGUUUAACAAUUGCAUUUUUAAGUCUUGGACAGAUGAACAGUUUGACAUGAGAUGGUGGGAAAUGGUGACUAUAUUUGAACUCCAUGAUGAUGUUUGGUUUCAUUCAUUGUAUGAAGACCGGAAAAAGUGGGUACCAACAUACAUGGGGGAUGUCUUUUUAGCUGGAAUGUCCACAUCUCAACGUUCAGAAAGUAUGAACUCUUUCUUUGACAAAUACAUUCAUAAGAAAAUCACCCUUAAAGAGUUUGUGAAACAAUAUGGGCUAAUUCUUCAGAAUAGGUAUGAUGAAGAAGCCAUUGCAGAUUUUGAUACAUUGCACAAACAGCCUGCUCUUAAAUCUCCUUCACCUUGGGAAAAACAAAUGUCAACAAUUUAUACACAUACAAUAUUUAAGAAAUUCCAAAUUGAAGUGUUGGGUGUUGCCGGCUGUCAAUCUAGGAUAGAGGUUGGAGAUGGAAAUGUUGCAAAAUUUAUAGUUCAAGAUUACGAGAAGGAUGAAGAGUUUUUGGUAACUUGGAAUGAGUUGAGCUCAGAGGUCUCUUGCUUCUGUCGAUUGUUUGAAUAUAAAGGUUUUCUUUGCAGGCAUGCAUUGAGUGUUCUCCAACGUUGUGGUUGUUCAAGUGUUCCAUCUCAUUAUAUCAUGAAGAGGUGGACCAAAGAUGCCAAAAUUAGGGAACACAUAGCAGAUAGGACAAGAAGGAUUCAAACCAGGGUUCAACGUUAUAAUGAUCUGUGCAAACGGGCUAUUGAGUUGAGUGAAGAAGGAUCAUUAUCUGAAGAGAGUUACAAUGUUGCUAUCCGCACACUCAUUGAUUCCCUAAAGAACUGUGUACUUGUAAAUAACUCUAACGGCAAUGGUGCAGAAACUGGAAACAAUGGUUACAGUCUUCGUGAAGCAGAACAAAACCAGGUUACCCUUGCAUCGAAGCCAAGUAAGAAGAGGAACACAACUAGGAAAAGAAAGGUGCAACAAGAGCAGAAUCCUAUACUUGUUGAUGCUCAAGAUAGCCUGCAGCAAAUGGAUAAUCUUAGCUCAGAUGCAAUGACCCUUAAUGGAUAUUAUGGUACCCAGCAGAAUGUGCAAGGACUGCAGGUACAGUUGAACCUAAUGGAACCACCUCAUGAUGGUUACUAUGUUAAUCAACAGAGCAUGCAAGGCCUGGGUCCAUUGAAUUCUAUGGCUCCGAGUCAUGAUGGGUAUUUCGGAACACAACAAAGCAUUCAUGGGAUGGGAGGGCAAUUGGAAUAUCGUCCGACAACCCCUUUUGGAUAUAGUCUUCAGCUUUUGUAGGAUGAGCCUGAUCAACACUUUCACAGCAACAAUUCAAGAAAUACAUAGAAUUUAUCUCUUCUCUGAUAUUGAUAGUUUCCUCAGAAGCUAUGAGGUGAUUGAAUAGACCAUUGAAAGAACUUGGAAAUUCAUUAUCUUGGCAACAGUUCAUUUUCAUACUCAACUUCGGAAGGAGUUUCUAUAACUAUGUACCAUUGAAGUUUACCUCAUGUCUCGGUGAACGUUUAAACUUCCUGUAUUUUACAUAGAAAUUGUCUGUUGUAAUCUGGGUUAGUUUUAAGAGCUCUAAAGUCUGUCUCCAUUUGGCUUCUCUCCCUUGUGAUGGCCACCUCAGCAUGAAUUAUAUGAAUGAGUCAAAAACCAUCUUGCAUUCUGUAUUGUGGUUUGUUUCUAGGGGCGCAGAAAUCCGGAAUAUUUACUUGGAGGGUGAGAAUGCUAUGAAAGCCUCUAAUAGUAUGCUGAGAAAGAAGAUAUUCAUUUUCUCAAAUGUGAGAUGCAGAAGUUGUUGAGUUCCUAUCAUUGGGAAGAAAUACAAAAACAGCAGAUUUCAUGGUACAAGAACUCCACUGGACCGAUUUGUAUAAUCAGGAAUGGUUGUUGCUAAUGGUUCAUUGAUGAACACAUCCAUCCACCUUAGAUAUAAUAGAUGGAGUGAACUUUUAUAUUGAACAUGACCACAUUUUGGGUCAGAAAUCCAAUGUCAUAACUGACCCUUUUAUGAAUAUCGUUUUAGCUAGCUGUUGUAGUAUUUAGUGUAUGUAUUAUAGUAGAUGGAAUAUUAGCCUUACAUGUCUCCCUUUCACUUUCCAGUUAUAGUUACUGAUGAUAUCUAUUUUUUUGGGUAGAGUAUUGAUUAUAUCUA